AUGAGACAAAGGCGAGGGCGAGUCUCUGGCGCCUUAAAACGGGAACACUGGCUAAGGGAAGAAAAACUCUUACAGAAAACCAAGGGCGGAAGGAGCUCUUCAGGCAUCGCCAGUUCUUUUACGGGAGAAAAUCCUAAAGAAAUCCUGCAGGCCGGAGGCAGCAAGGUUGGCAACCUCAACCACCGUGCUAACCUUGCGCAGCGCACGUUAAAAACGGCUAUGUGCGGCACUAUCAAACAAACAUCGGGAACAAAAGCACAAGAAGAAACCAAAAUCAAGCUUUAUAAAUCAAUGGCCAUAUCUACUCUCCUGUAUGGAUGUGAAACAUGGGUAACAACAUCUAGACAAAACAGGAGAAUUAAUGUAGAAGAAAUGAGAUUUCUGAGGGAUGGAAUCCUGAUCAUGCGCGCAUAUCACCUCAAUAUUCAGCUGGGAAGAGGUCUGGCGAUGCCUGACCAUGGCACGCACGCGCUCACGCACGCUCACACACACAAGGCUCGAUUUGGAGGCGGCGGAGGUGAGGACGAGCGUUGA